AUGAGAAUAGUGAUACCAAGAAACCUGAAGGGUAAUCAUCCAGAUCCAAAACAGAUAUUAGAUACAUUCAGAUCAAAAUAUUGGUUAUACGAAAGACACUGGUAUUUUGGAUGUUACAUCGAUGAUGGGUACAAAGAGAUUCGUCUUUUUACAAUUCCUUAUCCAAAUACAUUAGCAAGAGUGUCUUCAAUUAAUGUAAACAAUUGUCAAACCACAGGAUUAGAUAAUUUACCAUUGUUCAAAAAUGUACAAACACUGUACACCGAUAACAAUGUUAAUUUAAACCAGUUUUAUAAUGUUCGCAAAUUAGAUAUAUCAGAUGUUGAAACUACAGCUGAUACAGACCUCGAUAACCUUUCCUUACCUCAUGUCCGUUAUUUAGCUAUAUGUGAAAAGAACAUGAAUUUUAUGGUAGUAACUAGAGCACAUCAACAAUCACUUGACGGUCGAAACCGACAACUGUAUUUGGAAGAACUGAAUCGACUCAGCGAUAUCGAAAUCGAACAUACAACCCAAACACAGCCGAUCGAAGUAUUUAUUGUUCGUCGACCAUUACCAUUUGAAAUGGCAGAAAAAGCAUUGGCAUCGCGCGUUAACAAACAAUUGGAUCAAUUACCAACAUUCAGUGGAAAACUGAACGAAAAUGUGACCAAGUGGCUGAAAGAUAUUACGAACGAAUUAAAUCUGGCGAAGUUCGAAGAUAGCCAAAAAUUGGGGGUUAUUCAAACAUAUUUGGUUGAUGAUGCAAGAAAAUGGUUCAUCAAUAAUGUGCGAACAUUCGAUACAUGGUCAGAAUUCAAUGAAGCAAUUGAGAAAACGUACUCAUUGUCGUUUGCAAAAGAAGUAGCUAUUAGUCAAGUCGGUCAGCGUCAUCAAGGUUUAGAUGAGACUGUCAUGCACUAUUACAACGACAUGAUGGAAUUAUUUGAUGUUAUGGACAAUCGAAUGAGCGACUCAUUGAAGAUCAGCUAUCUAAAAAAUGGAUUAAAAUUGUCAUUGAAGAAGGAAGUGUCAAGAAAAAAUCCACAAACACCAUCUGAGUUUAUCAAAGCGGCUCAAGAAGAAGAAAGCCUUGAUUAUUCCAUGACCGCAUCAAUGCACAACAUGGAAAUUCAAAAUAAUGCGACAAAAAGAAUACCAACUACGACAAUGAUAAAUUCACCACCAAUACACCAAAACUAUCAUUAUACGUCCUAUCCGCAGCGUCAGUUUCAACACGAUGGCGAAAAUUAUUACGCAAGGACGACAUCAUCGACCAUAUCAAUAUUACCAACACCAACCACCACUAUAUCAACAACAACUAUGCUACAGAUGCAACAAGAGCGGUCAUUUUGCUCGUGA